AUGUAUUCCUCAAAUACUAAAAUUGAUUCAAAAACAUAAAAUAGACUGAUAGUGUGCGAAUCUAUUGCAAAUGAUAAUUCUGUUAUUUAAUUAUCUUAAGAUAAAUUGAGUGAAUUAAAAUUGUUUAAUGGAGAUAUUGUAUUAUUAGAAGGGAAAAAUAAGAAGUAAACUGUAGCUAUUGCAAUUAAAAAUAAAUAAGAUAAUGAAAAAGCUUUAAUAAAUUCUGUAAUAAGAAAGAACUUAGGAAUUAAAAUUGGUGAUUUUAUUAUCAUUUAUCCAACAUCAUCUGUAUUAAACAAUAUCUUAGAUUAUAGGUACCUAAUUUAUCCAAAGUACAUAUUCUACCAUUUUAUGAUUAAAUUUCAGGAAUAAAUGAAAGAAAUAUAGUAUAAACUCAUUUAGUUCCAUAUUUUAAGGAUGCAUAUAGACCUGUAAAAAAAGGAGAUUGUUUUGUUAUCAAUAUGGUUAAGGAAAUAGAGUUUAAAAUAAUUGCAACAGAACCAGAAGAUAUUGGAGUGAUUGGACCUACAACUAUUAUCUAUUCUGAAGGAGGAUCAAUCAAAAGAGAAAUUGAAAAUAAAGAAUAAUAUGAUACUUAAGGUGAAGAUAAUAAUAUAAUAAAUGGUUAUGAAAGUAUUGGAGGUAUGAAUAAAUAAUUUGCUAUUAUUAAAACAAUUGUUGAAUUAUAGUUAAAGAAUCCUUCAAUUUUAAAAGCAUCAGGACUUUAAACAAUUAAUGGAUUAUUGAUAUCUGGAGUAUCUGGAUCUGGAAAGACAUCAAUUGUAAAAGCAUUAGCUAUUGAAACAGGAGCAUGUAUAUUUUUUAUUAAUGGUUCUGAAAUAAUAAGUAAAAAACCAGAGGAGGCUGAAGAAAUAGUUAAAAAGGUUUUUGAACUUGCAGAAAAAAAUAAACCUGCUAUUGUACUUAUUGAAGAUAUUGAUUGUAUAGCAAUAAAAAAAGAAGAUGUUAAAUGUUAAAUGGAUAGAAGAUUAUUCGCUUAAUUAAUAACAAUAAUGGAUCAUUUUAAGGGAAUUGAAAAAUUGAUUGUAAUUGGUACAACAAAUAGACCUGAUAGUAUUGAUCCAACAUUAAAGAGAUUUGAUAGAUUUGAUAAAGAAAUUGAACUUGGAAUACCUAAUGAAGAUGAAAGAAUGGAAAUUUUUAAAAUACAUACCAAAAAAAUGAAAUUAGCUUAAGAUAUUGAUUUAAUUUCAAUUGUCAAAGAAACUAAAGGAUUUGUAGGUGCAGAUAUUGCAGCACUUUGUAAAUAAAGCGUUUUGUAAUGCUUAUCAGAUAAAAUGGAUUAUCUUAAUAUAGAUGAUUAAUAAUUAGAUGAUAGAACCAAAGAAAUAAUAACUGUUACUAAUGAUAACUUCAAAGUUGCAUUGAAAACAAUGAAACUCUCUUAAUUAAAUAGUAAUUCUAUUGAGAUCCCUAAAUUAAGAUGGAAAGACAUUGGAGGAUUGCUUAAUAUAAAAUAGCAGCUUUAAGAAAUUAUUACUUUGAGAAGAGAUCAUUCAAAAAGUUUACAAUAAUUUGGAUUGAAAUUCUCUUAAAACAUUAUAUUAUACGGUCCUCCUGGAUGUAAUAAAAAGUCUCUAGCUAAAGCUUUGGCAGGUGAAAAUUCAAUGAAUCUCAUUUAAAUAAAACAACCUCUAACUUCUCACUAUUUUAAAGAGAUAUUUAAUAUAGCAAAGUAUUAAUAACCAUGUAUUUUAUUAUUUGAUGAAUUUGAUUAGCUUUUCCUAAAAUAAAGAAAUCCUGAAACACAAGAUACCAACCUCAUUUAGUAAUUUUUUAGUCAAUUAGAUGAUAUCAAUUAUGAAUACAAUUUAUUUUUUAUAGGAAUUUCUAAUAAACUAGACAAUUUUGAAGAAUAUAUUAGAAAAAAUGAUAGAUUUGAUCAAAUUAUUUAUGUUGGAUUGCCAGAAUUAAAGACAAGGAUAAGUGAAUUCAAAAUUAAUCUAAGAAAUACACCAGUAUCUUAAAAUGUAGAUUUAGUAUUUCUUGCUUAACUUACUAACUGGUAUUCUUGCUAUGAUAUCAAAAAUAUUUGUUAAAAUGCUAAAAUAGCUGCUUUUAAGGAAGUAAUAUAUUAAUUUAGAUUAUAGAUGAUUGAUACAUAAAAUAAAACAAAAAUCACACCUUAAUAAAACUAAUUAUAAAUAAAUUCUUUUCCUUAAAUUACAAGAAAACAUUUUGAUAUUUCUUUAAAGUAAACUAAAAGGUCAUUAUCUAUUGAAGUAAAUUAAAAUUAAUAUUAAGUUAAUUAAAUAAUUCUUAGAAUUUUAAAAUUCAAUUGAAUUAUAAAAAAAAGAUAACUAAGAAAAAUUCAAAUACAAAUGGCCUGAAACUAGUUAGUAAACAUUUCAGAUGGAAUUAGAUGAAGAAGAUUAUGUUUGA